AUGGUCGAACUGAAAUAUCUGGGUCUAGGAAAUAAUAAAUUUGCUAGCUUCAUAAGUAUAAACAUUAAAAAUUUGAGAAAUUUAAAGAGUCUUGACUUAGCCAACUUAGGUCUAUAUGGCAAUAUACCUAGUAGUUUCUACUCACUGACCGAAUUAGAAUAUCUGGAUCUGCAGGGGAAUGAAUUUAUCGGCAGUUUAAAUGCUGACAUCGGAAUGCUGACUAGAUUAUAUCAUCUUGACUUAAGUAACUCAAGUCUAUCUGGUGAGAUACCUUAUAAUCUGUAUUCAUUGAGCAAGUUGCAAUAUCUGAACCUAAAAAAUAACAAGUUUAAUGGUAGUUUAAGUAAUGGCAUUGGGAUACUUUUCAUUGGCGGUUUAAAUACUGACGUUGGAAUGAUGAGUAGAUUGUCUUAUCUUGACUUAAGUAACUCAAGUCUAUCUGGUUCGAUACCUGAUGGUCUAUAUUCAUUGACCAAGUUGCAAUAUCUGAACCUAAAAAAUAACAAUUUUGAUG